GGAAGUCUCUUAACCGCAAAACUGCUUCCUAUAUUUGUGCUGCCCUAAGUGGAAAGAGACGCGUCUCUUAUUUUUGUCUGUUUGUCUGUGGAGUUCUGACUCACUUUAAUUGUGGAUGACACAUGUGACUGAACCUAACAGUAGACUCAAUGUACAAGAUAGCUUUGGUUGUCCUGGUGUGUCUUCAGAUGCUGUGGACGCUAUGCCAGUCACGGGAGCAUGCCCUUCGCUUUGUGGGGAUAGGAGACUGGGGGGGUCUACCUGUACCACCAUUCCACACACACCUGGAGAAGUCCAAUGCAGCCGAACUGGCCAGAGUGGCUCAAACCUCAGGCCUUGACUUCAUUCUGAGCCUGGGAGAUCACUUCUAUUAUGAAGGGGUGAAGAAUGUUGAGGAUUUCCGCUUCAAGGUGACUUUUGAAAAAGUCUUCUCUGAAACGCCACUACUCAAAGUCCCGUGGUAUCUUGUGGCAGGAAAUCACGACCAUUUGAGGAAUGUGUCGGCACAGAUUGCUUACUCCUUGAGAUCUGAGAGAUGGCACUUCCCUGGCCUGUACUAUGAGCUCCGCUUUAAGGUCCCACAAAGCAACUCGUCGGUAACCGUUCUAAUGACGGACACGGUGGUGCUGUGUGGGAACACCUAUGACGGAACCCAGCCUGUGGGGCCUGCCGACUCUGAGGCAGCUGACAAGCAGCUGGAUUGGAUUAACGCACGCCUACAGGACACAAAGUCUGAGUUUGUCAUUGUUGCUGGGCACUACCCUGUGUGGUCAGUCGGCCACCACGGCCCCACACGGUGUCUACUGGACAAAGUCAGACCGUUGUUGAAAAAGCACAACGUCACAGUGUACCUGAGCGGCCAUGACCACAGCCUUCAGUUUAUCCAAGAGGAUGAUGGGAGCGCGUAUGUCGUCAGCGGAAGUGGGAAUUUUGAGGACCUGUCUGUCAGCCACAGGGAGAGUUUCCCUGCUUCCUGGCUGCAAUUCUCCAGCGCUGUCAACAACACAAGAGGUGGCUUUGUACACUUUGAGGUCAUGCCAGAAAAAAUGGUUAUCAGUUACGUCCAAGCUGAUGGAAAAUGUUUGUAUCAAACCACUUUGGGGAAACGCAGAAUUUGACAGAGGGAGAGGAGAUACAACUUUUCAUCAACAGUAACCUGCUUUUAAACACAGCCUCACUCACACUAUUUUAAUUAUAAUUUGCAUUGGAAAUGAAUUUAACUGAGAGGGGAAUUCUAUUUUAUGGCUAUAGCACUUUGUUCUUUAUAAGUAA